AGGCGCAGCGAGACCGGCAGCAUGGCGUCCCGGCCUAAGCGGCGUGUCGUGGGAAGCGCGGUCCCGCGCGGCGAGGAGGAGGAAGGUAAAGUGCAGGAUGAGCACGAAGACGACGAGGACAGUGACGAGGACGAGGAUGAGGAUGAAGACGACGAGAGUGUCGACGAGGAAGUGAAUAUUGAGUUCGAAGCUUAUUCCAUCUCCAAUAAGGAUUACGACGGAAUUAGGAAAUUACUACAGCAGCUUUUCCUAAAGGCUCCUGUGAACACCGCAGAACUAACAGACCUCUUAAUUGAACAGAACCAUAUUGGGAGUGUGAUUAAGCAAACGGAUGUUUCAGAAGACAGCGAUGACGAUGUGGACGAAGAUGAGAUUUUUGGUUUCAUAAGUCUUUUAAAUUUAACUGAAAGAAAGGGUACCCAGUGUGCUGAACAAAUUAAAGAGUUGAUCUUAAGCUUCUGUGAGAAGAACUGUGAAAAGAGCAUGGUUGAACAGCUGGACAAGCUUUUAAAUGACACCACCAAGCCUGUGGGCUUUCUACUAAGUGAAAGAUUCAUUAACGUCCCUCCACAGAUUGCUCUGCCCAUGCACCAGCAGCUUCAGAAAGAACUAGCAGAGGCACACAAAACUAACAAGCCGUGUGGAAAGUGCUGCUUCUAUCUGCUGAUUAGCAAGACAUUUGUGGAAGCAGGAAAACAUUCCAAAAAGAAAUACAGCAACCAAGAGAAAGAUGAAUUAAUGUUUGCAAAUGCAGAGGAAGAAUUUUUCUAUGAGGUAAGACCGUCUUGUUUCAUCUAUUUCUUUAGAUGUAAGUAAGUUUCUUAACAGGAUUAAAUCAGAAUUUUAUUGCUCUCCUGUUUGUGUCAAAGUCCUUCAAGUGUGGCACUGCUUUCCUCCGUGCCGCCAGUAGCAGCGUUAACAGCGCCUGGCACGGAGGCUCUCAAGGGGUUAGUCACCGGCUCCCCGUCCCCACUGCUGGGAGGAGCG